CAACAAAGUGUAUUCAUUAUGGGCUUGUUUUUCGAAGCCUACGAAUCAGUUCGCAAUGUGUCUGGGCUUCCACCCGACCAAUUCCACACCGUUGUUGCUAUCACUUCUCUUGUCUUUGUCCUCACUGUUUGGCUACUUUCGUAUGCUUUAAACCAACCUCUUAAAUCUAAAGACACUGGAUCAGAACCUCCAAGAGUCCCAGUCUCCAUUCCAUUUAUUGGUGCUGCUAUAGCCUAUGGAGUUGAUCCUAUCAAGUUUCUUAUAGAAUGUCGUCAAAAGUAUGGCGACUGCUUCACCUUUGUUAUGCUAGGUCGUAAAAUGACUUUUUGUCUAGGUCCAGAUGGAAACCACUACGUAUUCAACGUUCCUGUUGCAGAUGCUACAGCUGAAGGUGCAUACAAGAAACUGACGGUGCCUGUUUUUGGUGCUGGUGUUGUGUAUGAUGUACACAAUGCUAUGUUUAUGGAACAAAAAAAGUUUGUCAAGGACGCUUUUAACUCAAACUCGUUCAAUGCAUAUAUGCUCAACAUUUGGAAUGAAACAAAUGCCUUUUUUAACGAUUGGGAGGAUCAUUACGACGCUAAUAUGAUUUUUGAUGAAAUGUCUGAACUCACUAUUCGUACUGCUUCACAUUGUCUGCUCGGCAAGGAGAUCCGCCAACAGCUGCACUCUACAGUUGCUCAGCUGUAUCACGAUCUUGACUCUGGUCUCGCACCUAUUAAUGUGUUUUUUCGCUGGCUGCCACUACCGGUUUACUUUAAGCGUGACCGUGCCAAUAAGAUCAUGUCUAAAACCUUUGUUGAUAUUAUUAAAAAGCGACGUGCUACUAAUAGCACCGACAACGCUGAUCUGAUGCAAACUUUGAUGUUUGCUCGGUAUCGUGAUGGAACCAGCAUGACAGAUGAUGAAAUUGCUCAUCUUUUAAUUGCAACUUUGAUGGGUGGACAGCAUACUAGCUCAACCACUCUUUGCUGGAUGCUUUUUGAACUUGCUCGUCGUCAAGAUAUUGUUGACAAGCUUCUUCACGAACAAUCAAUGGUUCUGACAGGAAAGCCUGACACUCCGCCCGAGGAUCUUCCCGAAUUCACCCACGAGCAGAUUCGUCAACUGACUUUCCUUGACUGUGUGAUGAAAGAAACUCUUCGUCUUCACCCACCUAUCCACACUGUUAUGCGUAAAGUUGAAAAGAGCAUGACUUAUCGUGGCAUGACUAUCCCUGCUGGUCAUUUCAUUUGUGGUUCUGCUGCUGUCAGCCAUUUGGAUCCUACUCGUUUUCCAGAUCCCCUCAAAUUCGAGCCUAGUCGUUUCCUCAAUAAUGACGAAGGAUCCGGAGAAUGGUCCAUUAACACUAUUGAUAUUGCUCAAAAAAGUGCCCGAUCCCACUUUUUACCAUUUGGUGCUGGUCGUCAUCGUUGUAUUGGUGAAGCGUUUGCUUAUAUUCAAAACAAAACCAUUCUUUCCGCCUUUAUUCGUCGCUACACUCACAAACUGUAUGUUGACCCCAACACUGGAAAAGAGCAUUUUCCUAGCUCUGAUUACACCUCGCUGAUUACAAUUCCAGAGAAACCAGCACGUUUAUCCAUUACCCGUCGUUCUGUAAAAGCUUGAAUGAUGCGUUUUUUCUCGGUUUUAGGGGUAUCUGUUUAAUGUUUCAGAAUAAACUCAGCGCUGUUAUAGGUUUAAUC